AUGGAUGAAUUUACGCUGGAUCGGUUUAUGCUGGACGCUCACAACUUAAUGCAGGAUCAGCCUCCCUGGCCAAGGAAUGGUCAAUCUUGGUUUGGCUCAAUUGCAUGGAAACAACCGCGAUCGACGAACCGAGUGGGAUUGCAAGUUCUAGUGACCAGUGAUCAAGACAUCCAGCGACACCUAUGGCCGACUUCCUUUGAAAUCGAGUUCCUUUCGGAGCGGAGAAGGCCUUUGAAUACGGAACGGAGAUGGCUGGCUCAACAUAAUGCGAUCACAUGCCAGAUGAUACCAUUCGAGCAUUCGGUUUCCUCACAGGAGAACUUUAACCGGUUUAGAGUGCUCUCAUGGCUGGUUCUUAACGAGAAUGUUUACGUCGUCGGUAAAGGAGCUCUAGCAGGAGAACAAGUCAAGCGGAUGUUCCUUUUGUUCCCAGUAAAAGGGGACGGGAGUUCAUUGGCCGCAGUUGUGUUUCCAGAAACAGGUGUACCAGAGUUACCUCCUUCGCGUCGCUAG